AUGUGCACUUUUUCCCUGUAUUUUUCUUUCUCUUUCUUUAUUUUUUACUGGCUUUCUUUUUCUUUCUUUUUUCUUUGGUUUUCCUUUUUCUUUCUUUUUUCUUUUUCUUUUUCUUUCACGCCUUCAUUUUUCUUUUUUCCUUCUUUUUCCUUUUUCUUUUUAUUUCUUUGUCGUUAUGUUUUCUUUUUCUUUCUUUUUUAUUUUUCUUUUUUCUUUUUCUUUUUCUUUCUUUUUUCUUUUUUCCUUUUUCUUUCAUUUUUCUUUUUUCUUUCUUUUUCUUUCUUUUUUCUUUUUCUUUCUUUUUCUUUUUCUUUCACGCCUUCCUUUUUCUUUUUCCUGCUUUUUCUUUUUUUUCUUUUUUCUUUUUCUUUGUUUUUCUUUGUUUUUUCUUUUUCUUUCUUUUUUCGUUUUUCUAUAUUUCUUUUUUCUUUCUUUUUUCUUUUAUCUUUUUCUUUUUUCAUUCUUUUUACUUUUUUCUUUUCUUUCUUUUUCUUUCUUUUUUCUUUCUUUUUUCUUUUUCUUUUUUCAUUCAUUUUACUUUUUUCUUUUUCUUUUCUUUCUUUUUCUUUCUUUUUUCGUUCUUUUUUCUUUUUCUUUUUUCAUUCUUUUUCCUUUUUUCUUUCUUUUUCUUUUCUUUUUCUUUCUUUCUUUUUUCUUUUUCUUUCUUUUUUCUUUCUCGUUUUUCAUUCUUUUUACUUUUUUCUUUCUUUUUCUUUUCUAUUUAUUUCUUUUUUCUUUCUUUUCUUUUUCUUUCUUUCUUUUUUCUUUUUCUUUCUUUUUUCUUUCUCGUUUUUCAUUCUUUUUACUUUUUUCUUUCUUUUUCUUUUCUAUUUAUUUCUUUUUUCUUUCUUUUUCUUUUCUUUUACUUUCUUUCUUUUUUCUUUUUCUUUCUUUUUUCUUUUUCGUUUUUCAUUCUUUUUACUUUUUUCUUCUUUUUCUUUUUCUUUCUUUUUCUUUCUUUUUUCUUUUUCUUUCUUUCUUUUUCUUUCUGGUAAACAUUGUUAUCUUCUGUUAUUCUUUCCCAUUUUGCUCUUAGAAAUUUUUUUUUUCUUUCUUUUUUCUUUUUUCAUUCAUUUUACUUUUUUCUUUUUCUUUUCUUUCUUUUUCUUUCUUUUUUCGUUCUUUUUUCUUUUUCUUUUUUCAUUCUUUUUCCUUUUUUCUUUCUUUUUCUUUUCUUUUUAUUUCUUUUUCUUUCUUUUUUCUUUUUAG